CGCGUGCGCGGUUUCAAUACUCCGCCCCAAACUGCCAACUCUUCGCGCAAGCGUAGAAUGCUCUUGCCGAUAUUACGCGUGCGCUCUGAGAGGCCUGACCCCGGAAGACCAUAGGCCUGCGUGGUGAGACCCGGUGACGGUACACUCGGUGUGGGGCGCUGGCCAGUCAUGGCGGAGCCUUGGUCUGGGCAGUUCUUGCAAGCUCUACCCGCUUCGGCGCUCGGAGGUCUGGGUGCCCUGGGCAGCGAGUUCCUGCGGGAGUGGGAGGCACAGGACAUGCGCGUGACUCUCUUCAAGCUGCUGUUGCUGUGGUUGGUGUUAAGUCUCCUGGGCAUCCAGCUGGCGUGGGGGUUCUACGGUAACACAGUGACCGGGUUGUAUCACCGCCCAGAUCCCCAUCCCCAGCCUCCUGCAGCUCUGGGUGUGUUCCUGCCUCCAGGUCUGGGUGGCCAGAAUGGAUCCACACCUGAUGGCUCCACACAUUUCCCUUCAUGGGAAAUGGCAGCAAAUGAACCUCUCAAAACCCACAGAGAAUAAGGGAAAACAGCAGCAGAAGAGUCUCCAGAGGCAUCACUGGGCCUGCUGGCUUCUAUGCUGUAUUCUACUGCUGCCAAGACCUCCUGGACAACAGCAGGGGGCUUGGGGUUGGGGAAAGGGAGUACUCCAGUACUUCCAGGGCAAGCCUCUGUUAUUUCCAGCCUUGUCCCUGACAGCCCCGGGUACUAGGCAGGCAAAGUUUGUCUCUACCCUGGUGUGAUUACCUUAAGGAAAGACCUCUCAAGGGUCAGAGCCGAGGAGAAGCCUUUAGGUUGAGGAAGUCAGUAGUCCCUUUUAUCGCUUUUGCUUUUUUGUUCUCAUCCCCCUGGGAUAUAACCUUAUAGAGAUUUGUCCCUCUAAGAGGAAUCUUGAGGUUGACUGGUUCUAGAAUUUGGGUGUUUUUUUUUUUUUUCUUUUGGUCUUUUUGAGAUAGGGUCUCCCUGUAGCCCCAGCUGGCCUGGAACUCACUAUGUAGAGCAGGCUGGCCUUGAACUCACAAAGAUCUGCCUGCCUCUGCCUCCCAAGUGCUGGGAUUAAAGGAGUCUUUUCUCCCGUAAGCCCUGAUUUCCUUGGCUUUGCUUUGUUGGCAAGAAGCCAGUUAAUCCUGGCCUGGGAUACUCUACUGUUACUUAGCUGGCCAUUCAGGCAUAAGGUAAGGUGUCCUUAUUAGCACUAUCCAGGUGGAGGCACCAAAUACCCACCUCCCUAGACCUACCACCUCCAUUGCUUAAGUGCUCAUAGGAUCUUUGUUCUGUACCCUGCCCACUGCUGGGGAGGUACUAAGCAGUUAGGACAAUGAUUUCAUCAUGCUUUACAGUCUCAUCUUGACCUAGAACAAGGGCCUCAUCCUAAGAGCCAACUAGUAUUUCAGCACUUAGAAACCUCAGUAAGAGUAAGCCACAAGCUAGCUAGCCCUGGUCCCUUCAGUGGGUCAGGAGAGGUUCCAGAGGGGUGGGGGGUAAAUGCCCCCACAGAAACACUACGUUUUGAGAGCACUGUGGCUCCUAAAAGCAUUGUGGCCCUGAAUCUUCCUUCUCUAACAGUUGUACCACUGUCUCUGCUUGGCCACUAGCUACCUCAGGUGUCCCACUGCCUGCUUCUGUGUUAGAUGUCACAUAGCCAUCUGGCAGCCUUUGCCUACUCAGACUUUAUAGCAAGUGCAUUCUAAGUGAAACUGCACUGAACUCAUAUACAUGUACCUACUUCAGAGAUGUCAUCUGGGUAGCAGGCCCACCCACUUCAUAAUGAAGAAUCAAAGUCUCACAUUCUACCCCAGGCUCAACUGAAGAUGUGGCAUAUUAAACACAGAAGUGCA